GGGGUCGCGGUUGCUUGGAAUCUCUCACAUCGGAGGCGUCCGCACCGCGAGACCACAACCAAAAGCAGCAGCAAAACUUCCGCCACUACCAGCAGCAGGAGCGGGAUCAGGGAGCUGCUGAGGUUCCAACCAAGCCAGCUGGGACGAGCAGCCCUCAGUCAUGUCGUACGUCCCCUGAAGUGGCUGUGCUCCCUCCAGGCUUUGCUGGCCAUGAAAGGCUGGUUCGCGAGCCUCAGCAGCAGGUUCAACGAGCCAACAAAUAAAGAGCUGCAACAGCAACAUGAGCAAGAUGAGAUCUACAAGAAGAACCGUGCCAAACUGCAAGGCUACCAUCAGUUGGCGCAGGAAGCCUUCCAGCGCGCCUACGCCGCUGACAGCUCCGGCAACGUGUCCGCUGCCGUACGGCUGUACGGCACGGGGCUGCAGGCGGCGGCGGAGGGGCUGGCGCUGCCGGUGCAGGGCUCGGGGCUGGGCAGCCUGGCGGACAGCGUGAGCAGCUGGCGGCGGGAUCUGGCGGGGUGGCAGCGGGACUAUACGGCUAGGUUGCAGGCGCUGCAGGCGCCCGGGUGCACCGGACACCCAGCCGCCACCGGGUCAGCAGCAGCAGCGGCAGCGCCCGUGAGGCCCCUCCCGCAUGCCACCAUGGCCCUACACCAGCAGCAGCAGCAGCAGCAGGGGAUGUCGGUGCAGGUGCCCUUCCACAGGCCGGCCGGGGGUAGCAGUGCAGGUGGAUCCAAAUCGGUUAUCGUACAACGUCCACCGCAAGUAUCCGCGGCGGGCGGCAGCCGACGUACGACAGGAUCCACCUCGGGUGGCGGCGGCGGCGGCGGGACUGGCGGCGGCGCCGCCGCCGGCCGUGACGACACGGGCGGUACGGCAAAAUACCGCGAGACCAUUAUGGGGGAGAUCUUGGAUCGAUCUCCGUCGGUCAAAUGGGAUGACGUGGCAGGUCUUGCAACCGCCAAAAAAGCGUUGACGGAAGCGGUUAUCCUGCCGGCGCUACGACCGGACUUGUUCCAAGGCCUGAGGGCGCCGGUGCGGGGCAUCCUGCUGUACGGGCCGCCUGGGAAUGGCAAGACCAUGCUUGCCAAGGCGCUCGCUGCGGAGUCGCGCGCCACCUUCUUCAACAUCUCCGCAUCCUCCCUCACCAGCAAGUGGGUGGGCGACGCUGAGAAGCUGGUUCGCGCGCUGUUCGAGACCGCCGCUCAGCUGCAGCCCGCCAUCAUCUUCAUGGACGAGCUGGACAGCAUGAUGGGCUCGCGGGGCGGGGCGGGCGAAAGCGACGCGGCCCGGCGGCUGCUCACCGAGUUCCUGGUGCAGUUCGACGGGGUGGUGGGGGGAGGCGCGGGCCGGGAGCGGGUGGUGGUGGUGGGCGCGACGAACAGGCCGCAGGAACUGGAUGAUGCCGUACGGCGGCGGCUGACGAAGCGCAUCUACAUCCCCCUCCCUGACGAGGAGGGCCGAAUGGCAGUGCUGACUCACCUGCUCAAGGGCCAAGCCCACCGCCUCUCCUCCGCCGACCUGCACUCCCUCGUCUCUGCCACCGCCGGCUACUCCGCCUCCGACCUGGCCGCCCUCUGCAAGGAGGCCGCCAUGGCCCCGCUGCGGGAGCUGCCCGCAUCCCGCCUGGCGCACGUGCCCGCCUCAGCGCUGCGACCGCUGGGGGCGGCGGACUUCGGAGCGGCGCUGCGGGUGGUGCGGCCGUCCGUGAAUGCGGCGUCGUUGCGCAGCUUCGAGGAGUUCACUCGGGAGUAUGGGAC